AGGUAGUAGUUUACUUUUGCCCGUCCCCUUGUUGGUUUGAUGAGCCUGAAGUUAACCCUACUCCGGAUCGAAUCCGGGGAGUGGGGAGGGGGUUCUUUGGGCAGGGUCUGGACGCGCCAGCCCUCCUCUGGCCCCCAGCUGGGAGGCCAGAACACGCGCCAGCUGCGUACGCAGGAGGGUGCCCCACACCUGCCCGGAGUCUUCUCCAUCUCCAGCUGUGAGACCGAGACUCCCCCAAUCCCGGAAGUCGCUCCACAGCUGCUGCGGCCGUACCCCAUCUCCCCGCAGCUGGGAGGCUGCGCACCCUCAUGCCGAGAGGCCUGCGACCAGGGCCAUAACUCAAUGGACCCUGGGGGCAUCUUGAAGGCAUUUCCCAAGCGAAAGAAAAUUCAUGCCAAUCCAUCAUCAAAAGCACUUGCAAAGAUUCCCAAGAGGGAAGAAGGAGAAGGAACAGGAGAGUGGCUGAGCUCCCUGCGGGCCCAUGUUGUGCCCACUGGCAUUGGGCGAGCCCGGGCAGAACUCUUUGAGAAGCAGAUUGUCCAGCAUGGUGGCCAGGUAUGCCCUGCCCAGGCCCCAGGAGUCACUCAUAUUGUGGUGGAUGAAGACAUGGACUGUGAGCGAGCCCUCCGCCUCCUUAGACUGCCCCAGCUGCCCCCAGGUGCUCAGCUGGUAAAGUCAGCCUGGCUGAGCUUGUGCCUGCAGGAGAGAAGGCUGGUGGACACGGCAGGAUUCAACAUCUUCAUCCCCAACAGGUACCUGGACCAACCACAGCUCAGUAAGGCAGACCAAAACUCUUCUCCUGGAGGCUGUGAGGGUCUGCUCAAGACAGUCCUCUCUCCUCCCCCUCCUCCCAUCAGACCUGUAUCUCCUCCCCAGAAGGCAGAAGAAGCAUCAAGCACCCAAGCCCAGCCCGGCUCUGAUGAUGAAACCAGUGACGGGGAAGAGACCCAGGUUAGCGCAGCUGAUCUGGAAGCCCUGAUCAGUGGCCGCUACCCCACCCCUCUUGAGGGAGAUGGUGAGCCUAUUCCAGCCCCUGAGGGCCUGGAUAAGUGGGUCUGUGCACAGCCUUCGAGCCAGAAGGCUACCAACUACAACCCCCACAUCACAGAGAAGCUGGAAGUGCUGGCCAAAGCCUACAGUGUUCAGGGAGACAAGUGGAGGGCCCUGGGCUAUGCCAAGGCCAUCAAUGCCCUCAAGAGCUUCCACAAACCUGUCACCUCCUACCAGGAAGCCUACAGUAUCCCCGGAAUUGGGAAGCGGAUGGCCGAGAAGAUUGUAGAGAUCCUGGACAGCGGACAUCUGCGGAAGCUGGACCACAUCAGCGAUAGCGUGCCUGUCUUGGAACUCUUCUCCAACAUCUGGGGAGCUGGGUCCAAGACUGCCCAGAUGUGGUACCAUCAGGGUUACCGGACCUUAGAAGACAUCCACAAUCAGGCCUCCCUGACUACCCAGCAGGCCAUCGGCCUGAAGCAUUACGAUGACUUUCUGGAACGCAUGCCCAGGGAGGAGGCUACAGAGAUCGAGCAGACAGUCCGGGAAUCGGCUCAGGCCUUGAAUCCUGGGCUGCUGUGUGUGACGUGUGGUUCCUACCUACGGGGGAAGGCAACCUGUGGGGAUGUGGACGUGCUGCUCACUCACCCGGAUGGCCGGUCUCACCAGGGCAUCUUCAGUCGCCUCCUUGACAGCCUUCGGCAGCGAGGGUUCCUGACGGAUGACUUGGUGAGCCAGGAGGACAAUGGCCAGCAGCAGAAGUACUUGGGCGUGUGCCGGCUCCCAGGGCCGGGGCGGCGGCACCGACGACUGGACAUCAUCGUUGUGCCCUACGGCGAGUUCGCCUGUGCCCUGCUCUAUUUCACCGGCUCUGCCCACUUCAACCGCUCCAUGCGAGCUCUGGCCAAGACCAAGGGCAUGAGCUUGUCGGAGCAUGCCCUCAGCACAGCUGUGGUGCGGGACACCCACGGCAUCAAGGUGGCAUCUGGCCGAGUGCUUCCCACCCCUACCGAGAAGGAUGUCUUCAGGCUCUUAGACCUCCCCUACCGAGAACCAGCUGAGCGGGACUGGUGACCCAUGGCUGAGGUGAAGAUGGCACCCAGCUGGACCAGCUGCCCGACCUGGCCAUCCAGUACUCCCCUCUAGCCUCAGCUGGCUGGACCUCACUACUUCAACCACCAGCUCCGUGGGCCUGAGGGAAAGGACCACCCCAGAUCCCACGGUCUUCCCAGCCCUCCCCAAUAGUAGGCUGCUCUCCCUUCUACCACAGUGUUGCACAUGGCCCCUUGCCCCAUUUUGAGCAGGAACAGAUGGCUGGUUUGAAGCCAGCUUCCUGUGCUGAAGGCCCAGGCAUCCCCUCUUCUCUACCUUGAGGAGGGUCUAGCUGCUGGAGGUGGGAUGGGGGACUGUAGAGGGAGAGGCAAGCAGCUGUGGCCCAGCAUCACCUAAGACCCUUUGGAGCAGGAGAAGGAGCCACUCCAUGUACUCCCUCCACCCACCCCGCUUCCUGUGCAGUUGGAGGUGUUGGGAGGGGGUGCACAAACUCGGUGAGGACAGCAUCUGAAGGCCCAGAGGCCCAGUAAACUGCAUUUGACAUUCAACCUGCCUAGUGUCUGUGAGCUGCUGCAGCCCUUGCCUUCUUCCACCCAGGCAGGGCGGAGAUGGGAACCCAGAACGGCAAGUUAACUGCUCUCCACCAGGUCAGCCCUGAGUCAGCUCCUGAACUCAAGGGGACAGGUGGACAUUAAAAGGGAAAAUUCAUGGGCCGGCCGAGUGGCGCGAUGGUUAAGAGCUGGCUUGGGACGCGAGAGGGCCCCGGU